GUCAUUUCCCCCACGCAUUCCAGGAGAAACAUCAUGGCCGUUGAAAAAGUGGUCCGCUGGCACAAGCUUGGUCUUGGCAACUUCAUCGUCCACGAGCUCAAGCGCGAUGCGUUCCGUCCGUUCUUCUACGGCGGCAUCGCGUCCUUCUUCAUCUGCGGUGUCCUCCCCACGUUGGGCGCGUCCGACGAAGACAAGGCCAAGUCUGUGUUCUGGCAACGCGUGAACGGCAAGUACGACUGGGCCGCCGAACACCAUUAAACCACCAUCGCCGCCUAUCGAACAUGACAACGGCAGCGUUUCCUCUACACCUCCCCACACUCGAUCGAUAUACACCGUCACUACUCUCGUCUGUUAAUUGUGUUAAUGGAGAGAGACGCGACACUACAUCCGUCCCAGUUUCCCUAUA